UUUAACAAAAUAAGGAGGGAGCGAGGAUGCAAUGCGUGCUUAACAAUGGCGGCACGCCGGUACGAAACUAUAUACUGAAGAUUUGAAAUUAGCGUCCGAUUGAUUUCAGCUUGGGACGGACCUAACAAUAGAUCUCUAUUUUGCCAGGAGGUCUGUUUGUUCAACACUAUCAGCAACUCUUGCUCGAUCCUUCAAUUAUGGGCAAAGCUUCAAGAGAUAAGAGGGAUAUAUACUACCGUAAAGCAAAAGAAGAAGGUUGGCGAGCUCGAAGUGCAUUUAAACUUCUUCAGAUAGAUGAGGAAUUUAACAUAUUUGAAGGAGUCAAGCGAGUGGUGGAUUUAUGUGCAGCCCCUGGUAGCUGGAGCCAGGUCCUUAGUAGGAAAUUAUAUCUCCCAGCUAAGCUUUCUUCUGUUUCUAACUUGCUUCACAGGGAUGGCGAUCUUCCACUUAUUGUUGCUAUCGAUUUGCAACCGAUGGCCCCAAUUGAGGGUGUUAUUCAAGUACAGGGUGAUAUAACAAAUGCUAGGACCGCUGGAGUGGUCAUUAGGCAUUUUGAUGGGUGUAAGGCUGACCUGGUGGUUUGUGAUGGUGCUCCUGAUGUUACUGGUCUUCAUGACAUGGACGAAUUUGUUCAGUCCCAGCUCAUACUAGCUGGUCUAACAAUAGUUACCCACGUUCUUAGAGAAGGUGGUAAGUUCAUAGCAAAGAUAUUCCGUGGAAAGGAUACAAGCCUUUUGUAUUGUCAGCUGAAGUUAUUUUUCCCUGUAGUGACUUUUGCAAAACCAAAAAGCAGCCGCAACUCCAGUAUAGAGGCAUUUGCAGUUUGUGAGAACUAUUCCCCUCCUGAAGGUUUCAACCCAAAAGAUCUGCAUCGCCUACUAGAAAAGGUGGGAAGUCCGUCAGKAGGAGAUGACUUAGAUUGCAGUAGUGGGUGGCUGGAAGGUCCCAAUAAAGUUUACAUACCGUUUCUUGCCUGUGGGGACCUCAGUGGAUAUGACUCCGACCGUUCAUACCCACUKCCCAGAGGUGCCGAGGGCGCUUAUCGGAGCUUAGAUCCUGUGCAGCCCCCGAUCGCCCCUCCUUACAAGAGGGCUCUAGAAAUGAAGAAAGCUUCCAGUCAAGGAGGUCGAKAACUUGAAAAACUUUCCUCGGAUUCCUGAUUAUGCUAUUCAAUGUUAGUUAGAUAACAAAAAAAAAAAAAGCUGUUUUGGAUGGACCGGUAAUUAUUAAGAAACAGCAAUCAUUUGUCCCUCCCCCCCYCUCUCUCUCUCUCGUUUAAAGUGAUGAUUUCUCUGUCCUAUUUAUGUAAAGAGUUUUGGCUGAGGAUAUUGAUUUUGAUUCCUUUAAUUUGAAAUAUAUGAAGAUAACGGAGAUGUAUUAUGAUUUUGAUUA